GAGAGCGACUUGAAGACACUCUCCCUCUCUCUCUCUCCCUUGUGUGAGAGUGAAGCUGUACCCGAACACGUACUUGCGCACGUCCACACAUCACACACAUCACAUACACAUACACACACGUACACGUCUACACGAGAGAAAAGAGAGACACAAAGAAAACACUGGAUAACUAAAAAAAUACCUAAAAUAAACACGAUGGCUAACACAUUGCAAGUUUGAGAGAGGAGACGAUAUCAAAUUCAUAGUAGUGGUGGUGGUGGCGGUGAUAGUGUAACGCGCCUGUGCCCUGGUGCUGUGUGGUGCUGUGUGGUGGUGUGUGGUGUUCAACUGUGCUUCUCACGCUACGACCCCACAAAUACCGGCACGCUGGCGCUCCCGGACCCCAUGAUGGUGCUGUGUGGCGUGGACCCGGAGAGGCGCGCCAGCAAGGAACUGGAAAAGCAAAUAUCGCUAUGGAUGAAGGAGUACAACAAGGCCAUCAAGAUCCUCCUGCUGGGCGCUGGAGAGUCCGGCAAGACCACCAUCAUUAAGCAGAUGAAGAUUCUACACAUCAACGGAUUCUCCCAGGAGGAGCGACAGGAGAAGAAGCAGGACAUCCGUAGCAACAUCCUGGAGGGCAUCGUGACCCUGACCCAGCAAAUGGAUGUCCUGGGAGUUCCCCUGGGAUUGGAGGAGAACCAGGCAGCGAAGGACUACAUACUGGCUAUCAACCCUGAGGACUUCACCUACACAGAGGAAUUCUACACGCACACGGAGAAGCUGUGGAGGGACCCUGGGAUUCAGAAAGUGUACAGCCUGCAGCACAAAUUUCAGCUGAUUGACUGUGCUCGCUAUUUCCUGGACAGGGUGAAGGAAGUGCGGCAGCCUGAUUACGACCCAAGUGUACAGGACAUCCUUCACAGCAGACGGCGAACCACAGACAUCCAGAAGAUCGAGUUUGAUGUCCGAGUGCCCAAGAAAUACGGCGGAAGUUCCCUACAGUUUUGGAUGUUUGAUGUGGGAGGACAGCGAGGCGAGAGGAAGAAAUGGAUACAGGUGUUUGACGGGAUUCAGGCGGUGCUGUUCCUGGUAUCGGCGAGCUGUUUUGACCUUGUGAUACGAGAGGACCAUGAGACCAACCGCCUGCAAGAAUCCAUCAACAUCUUCAAGAGUGUGUGGCAUUCCAGGUUCCUCAAAAAUUCAGGGUUCAUUGUCUUUCUCAACAAGCAAGACAUACUGAAGGAGAAGGUGAUGUCUGGAAAGUGUAUAGGAGACCACUUCCCAGACUACUCCUCCUACAGGCUGGAGGACAAAGAUCGAGUGGCUGACGAGGACCAGGAGUACCUCAGGACGCGGUGCUUCAUAAGGGAAAAAUUCAUGGCCAUUUCAAAGGAGGAGGUGAAGGCCGUGGAGAGGAAGAUGACACCAAGUGGACCUCUUAUCCUGAGUGACGACGGCCCCAGGGAGUGUUACUGCCACUUCACCACCGCCACGGACACCAACAACGUGAGGAUAGUGUUUGAGGACGUGCACAACAUGAUCAUCAAGUGGAACCUCGAGAAGAUUGGAGUCCCCGUGUCUUAGGCUGCUCCAGAGGGCGUUUAGCGAGCCAUGGUGAAAGAAAGGAUGAUGGAAAAUGAGGUCGUCUAUAAAGCACUGAAAGAAGAGAUGUUACAAAGGUUCUAACUACACGAGAAGGAUAGAAAUAGUGAAAUUGGUGCAGAAAUAGUUAGAUAUUGUGAUCACACGAAAGAUAGAUGGGAAUAAACGACGAAAAUAAGAGUGAUAAGAUAUUUUUACUACACUGUAAUGAGAAAAGCAGUGAAAUUGAUGCAUAAUUAGUUAAAUAUUGGUACCACACGAAAGACAGAAGGGAAUAAGCGACGAAAAAAUUAGAGUGAUGGAGAUUUUUACAACACGGUGAUGAGAGAAGCAGUGAAAUUGACGUAGAAAAAGUUGAUUAUUCACAUAACACGAAAUAAGUAAUAAGUGCUGGUGUUACAAAAAAAUCUAUAUAUGGUACGAUGCUUAUGUCUUUAUCAGUGAUGCAAGGAGGGGAAGGGAGUUAUUGGCGUUCUAUAAAAGAUGAUGACUGUGCAGGUGUGAUAUGAAUGGUCUACAAUGAUGUGUGCAAUGUUACGUUGUACCAAAAGAAGAAAAACCGAAGUCGCGUAGAAAAGAGGAGUUUUAUUUCUUAUAACGAGGAAAAUACACGUUGUUUAUAGGCAUUAAAAGAGGAGAAUUGGUGGAGAGAGAGAGAGAGAGAGAGAGAGAGAGAGAGAGAGAGAGAGAGAGAGAGAGAGAGAGAGAAACCAC